UACCUUUAUCUGUCAUCGGAGAAGAUAAACGAAGAACACAUUGUUCGUUUGGAUCUACGAGCUAUGGCUACUGCGUUGAAGAGACGCGUAUCCUCGAUCGUUUUCGCAAUCUUCCUUUUAGGGAGCUUGUUUGCAUUCUCUAUAGCUAAAGAAGAAGCUACCAAGUUAAGAACCGUUAUUGGCAUAGAUCUUGGAACAACUUAUUCUUGUGUUGGAGUUUACAAGAAUGGACAUGUUGAGAUCAUAGCAAAUGACCAAGGUAAUUGUAUCACCCCUUCAUGGGUAUCCUUCACUGAUGGUGAGAGACUGAUCGGUGAAGCAGCUAAAAAUCAAGCGGCUGUUAAUCCAGAGAGGACUGUCUUUGACGUCAAAAGACUUAUCGGGAGAAAGUUUGAAGACAAAGAAGUACAAAGGGACAUGAAACUUGUUCCCUAUAAGAUUGUUAACAAGGAUGGGAAACCAUAUAUCCAAGUUAAAAUCAAAGAUGGGGAGACCAAGGUCUUCAGUCCUGAGGAGGUCAGUGCUAUGAUUCUGAUCAAGAUGAAAGAAACAACAGAAGCUUUUCUUGGAAAGACAAUCAAGGAUGCAGUUGUCACUGUUCCAACAUACUUCAAUGAUGCCCAGAGGCAGGCCACUAAGGAUGCCGGUGUCAUUGCUGGUUUAAACGUGGCAAGAAUCACCCGCGAGGAAAAUGCUGUCUCUUUAUUUUCGCGCCUGAACAUUUUUCCUGCCAAAUAUGAUAAAAACACAUAA